AUGGCGUCUCUUCUUGUGAGUUUGCACGAAGUAGUCGAAAAAUACAUUAAAAAGGCAAAUGACAAAGAAUUGGCUGGGAAAAUCGGAACAGAAGUUCUUGAGCAUUCCAGACAAGUCGCAAAAAAAUAUUUAUUUACCGCAGAGGAUGCUUGUAAGUUUCAUGUCGCGGAGCUUUUCCCAAUGCUUUCGAGAGAGUUGCUUCACUUCACCAAGAUCCUUCGCAGAAGAAUGAAAACUUCUACCACCUUGUCUCAUCCUUGGCAAAUCCGUAUUGUCAGAAACAUUCCCGUGGAAAUAUUUGAAUUGCUAAAGGAAACAAUUUUAAGGGGUGGCUAUGGUAAUAUUGUGAAGAAAACAAAAUCUGUUGAACAGCUUGAAAUAUCAAACUUGGAUGCUGUUUAUAACUGGGUAAAGCAUGUCGCUGGCAAUAAUACAAUUUCUGGAACUAUAGAAACAGAUUUUUUUUCAAAACUAUUGAAAGACGGUUCAUGUUGUAAAGCAAUAGUUUCACCAGAACAUCCAUUUAUUGUUAAAUACUCCAAUACACAAGAAAAUAUUCAGUAUGUAACUCGUUAUGGCUGCUGGAAUGCAUUUGGCAUUCCUCAACAUGUUCUUUCAUAA